AUGGUAUGUUUAUUGUUAUCAUUUGAGCAUCAAAAUACUUUUGAUACUUUUGUUGUGUGUAGUAUCAAUGAUAAGAUUGACAUGUUUUAACAACACUUUUGAUUUUGGCAAAUAUUUUUUCGACCCUUUUUAGAAGAAAAAUAAUGGUAAUAGUUAAUAUUUUUUCUCAUAACCCAUCAUAAUUUUUUAAGAGCACCUGGAACAUCGAAUAUUUGAAACCAACUCUCUUGGAUCCAGUGCCAUCGGACAUCGCAAUUUCUCGAUCUCAACCACCAAAAGAUAUCGAAAAAGUUGCCGCUGAAAUCGGCGUCCACCCAGAGGAAUUAGAUUUGUAUGGAAGAAAGAAAGCAAAAGUUUCCCUCGAUAUUUUGGAGCGUCUUCAAAAUGUUCAAGAUGGAAAAUACGUCGUCGUCGCUGGAAUUACACCAACACCACUUGGCGAGGGAAAAUCAACAACAACUAUUGGAUUAGUGCAAGCUCUUGGUGCACACCUUCACAAAAAUGUGUUUGCUUGUGUUCGACAACCAUCUCAAGGUCCAACUUUUGGAAUCAAGGGAGGCGCUGCUGGUGGAGGAUAUUCGCAAGUUAUUCCGAUGGAAGAAUUCAAUCUUCAUUUAACUGGUGAUAUUCAUGCGAUUACUGCUGCAAAUAAUUUGUUGGCAGCUGCUAUUGAUGCUAGAAUGUUCCAUGAAGCUACACAAACUGAUGAAGCUCUUUUUAAUCGUCUUGCUCCGAAAAAUAAGAAAGGUAUAGAGAUUUUUUUUUGAUUGCAUCUCUGAAACCUUUCUGCGAUUCAUAGGCUCAAAAAAUUUUUGAACUUUAAACAAAAUUUAAAAAAUUCAUCGGGUAUAUUUUUCCAAAAACUAGAUCAAAAAAGGAUUACAUCGAAAACUUCGAGAAAAAAGUCAGAAAAUAAGUUUCUGAAAAAGUUCUUGAACUAGAUUAUAGUCUCUCAGUUCACCUAGAUUUCUCCAAAAUAUUUCUUCUUCCAGGAACUCGCCCAUUGACUGAAAUCCAACUCCGCCGCCUUGAUCGUCUUGGUUUCGAAAGAGUUGACGAUGCUGAACAUCUCAGUGUUGAACAACGCAACCAAUUUGCCAGAUUGAAUAUCGAUCCAGACACUAUCACUUGGAAUCGCGUCUUGGACACCAAUGAUAGAUUCCUUCGAGGAAUUGAAAUCGGUUUGGGCAAAAAUGAAAAGGGAUUGACAAGAAAAACCCAAUUCGAUAUCACUGUUGCUAGUGAACUUAUGGCAAUUCUUGCCUUGACAACAUCACUUGCUGAUAUGCAACAAAGAAUUCAGAGAAUUGUUAUCGGUUGUGAUAAAGCUGGAAAACCAGUGACUGCUGAUGAUGUUGGUGUGACUGAUGCAUUGACUGUUCUUAUGAGAGAUACAGUUCGACCAAACUUGAUGCAAACACUUGAAGGAACUCCAGUCUUUGUGCAUGCUGGUCCAUUCGCUAAUAUUGCUCAUGGUCAAAGUAGUAUUCUUGCUGAUAGAGUUGCUUUGAAACUCGCCGGUCCAGAAGGUUUUGUUAUCACUGAAGCUGGUUUUGGUGCUGAUAUUGGGAUGGAGAAAUUCUUCAACAUCAAAUGCCGUUAUUCGGGACUUAAACCAUCUGCUGUUGUACUUGUUGCAACUGUUCGAGCUUUGAAAAUGCAUGGAGGUGGGCCAUCAGUGGUUGCUGGAACUCCUUUGAAACAUGAAUAUCUUGACGAAAAUCUCCCAUUAGUUGAAGGCGGUUGUGAUUCGAAUUUGAGAAAACAGGUAUUUUCUGACCUUUCUCUUCUACCACAAAAACAAUCAAUUUCAGAUUGAAAAUGCUAAUAAAUUUGGCAUCCCAGUUGUUUUGUGUGUCAACAAAUUUUCAACUGAUACUGACAAAGAAUUGCAACUUGUUAUUCAAAAAGCCAAACAAUAUGGGGCAUUUGACGCGGUUGUUUCGGAACAUUGGGCUAAAGGUGGAUCUGGUGCUGUUGAUUUGGCGACAGCUUUGGUGAAAGCAACUUCUGGACCAGCAAAACCAUUCAAGUAUGUUUAUACGGGGAGAAAGAAAUGAAAUGAUUACAGAUUUUGAAAAAAAAAUGUUUCAGAUUCUUAUAUGAUUUGGAUUUAUCACUUGAAGAAAAAAUCGCUACAAUUGCUAGAGAAAUCUAUGGUGCUGAUGGUAUUGAAUUAUCCGAAGAAGCCAAGACAAAACUGGAAAGAUAUACUCAACAAGGUUUCGGAAAAUUGCCGAUUUGUAUGGCCAAAACACAUCUUUCACUCUCAUCCGAUCCAACUAAAAAAGGUGCUCCAACUGGAUUCACCUUGCCCAUUCGUGAUGUUCGCGCUUCAGUUGGUGCUGGAUUCAUCUAUCCAUUGGUUGGAGAAAUGACAACAAUGCCUGGAUUGAAUACUCGUCCAUGUUUCUAUGAUAUUACAAUUGAUCCAGUCACUGAAAUUAUUGAUGGACUUUUCUAA